AUGGCUUGCAAGAUAGGUUUGGUAGGUUUGCCAAAUGUCGGCAAAUCUAGUUUAUUCAAUUUUUUAACCAAAAAAGAUAUUUUGAUCGCUAAUUAUCCGUUCGCAACUAUUACUCCUAAUGUGGGGAUAAUGCCAUUGACUGACCCUCGUUUAGAAAAAUUAAGCAAAUAUUGGCAAAGUGAAAAAACGACUCCAAGCGUUAUCGAAAUCGUUGAUAUUGCCGGUUUAGUAAAAGGAGCCGCACAAGGUUCUGGAUUAGGCAAUGAGUUCUUAUCUCAUAUUCGGGAGGUAGAUUUAAUUUGUCAAGUUCUUCGUUGUUUUCCAGACCAAGAUAUAGUCCAUGUGGAAAAAUCUGUAGAUCCAAUUAGGGAUUGGGAAAUAAUUCAAUUAGAGUUGAUUGAGGCAGAUUUACAACAAAUAGAAAGAAAAUUAGCCAAGUUAAAAAUUCGGGAUGAAAAAAUCCAGCGAGAAAAAAAUAUUUUACAAUCAAUUCAGGAGAAAUUGGCUCAAGAAAUACCAGUAAGUCAACUAGAUUUAUCCACUUCUGAAAAAGAGUUAAUCAAAGGUUAUAAUUUUUUGACUAACAAACCGGUUCUUUUGUUGGCUAAUUAUAGCGGGGAAGAAAAAGAG